ACUGAACAGCCCCACAAGAAAAGAGAACGCUAUGCUACGCUAGAGAGAGGAAGAGAAACCAUCCCAUAUGCUUCGACUACUCUCGUUUUCCACACAGAGAGGGCUUGCUACUGCUAUACAUAGAGUCAUCAUAGACACAUAGACACAAGCUUAGCCAUCUAUAAAAGAAGAGCCCCAUAUACUGCCAUCAACAGGAGGACCAUAUCCCACACGUAUGAUCUGUACUGUCUUCUCCCUCUCCUUCUCAGAGCUACUAGCAUAGAUCCAGAGCUUCUUUCCCGGGAGUAAGCUAGGUUGCUAGACCGGCCGGCUUGCUCGAUCAGGUCCAAAGCCAUCGAUUGAUCAAUCAUCUGCUCUGUUGCCAUUAGAGUGGUCUACUCCUCUCUGCAGGACACAGGUCGAUCGAACCCGCUGCGCGUCUCUCGGCCUUGGUCGCCGGCGUUUCUCGACGGCGUGCUAGCUCCCUGACCAAGGAGUUGCCGGCCGGCCUGGGAAUUGGAUCAAUCUUUCUCCAUCGCGGCGAAGCUAGCUGGUGCCUCCCAUUGUUGUUCCAUCCAGUCAUCCGGUUUCAUCUCACAGCCGUCCCAGAAUCCCUGCGCCAGUCGCUGGAUAGUUAGCUUCUCCCGGGCGGCAGCGGCGUUGCGGCGAUGGACACCUUCGGCUGGUCCGGCCCCGGCCUGCACGACGACGCCUACCUGCCGCGCCCUGCGAGCCAGCUCAGCUGCGGCCGGUUCGACCUGGACGACGCCUUCCUCGGCCAGCUCCAGUGCGACUUCGGCGGAGGAGGCCAGGUGAGCUCGAGCUACGGUGCUGCCGUCGGAGGCGCAGCGGGGGACUCGACUAAUAACGGCCCGCUGGGCUUCUUUGGCUCGGGGGUCGACAUGUUCUCGUCCGUCGUCGACGGUGCCAGCGCGCACGACGGCCUGCUCGACUCGGCGUUCGCCUUCUCCAGCGUGCUCCCGUGCGGCGGGGAGGGUGACCCCGGGGCCGUCUCCAACGGCGCCAUGUUCUCCGGCUACAGCGGCACCACCGUCUGUAACAUCUCCUCCGGGGAGUCCAACAACUACAGCGGCGGCGGCGGCGGCCACGACGUAACCGAGGUCGCGUCGCCGACGUCCACCAUAUCGCCCACCACGACGUCGCACCCCACGAUUACGUCGGCACAGCAAGUGCUCCACGUGAGCCGGAAGCUACCCGCGGACGACUGCCCCGCGGCAGCAACGGUACACGCCGGCACAAAGCGGAAGGCCCCCACCACGACAGCGACGAGCAUCACGUUCGGCCAGGACACCAACGCCGGAGCGGCCGGUGGGUACAAGCCGGACAUGGAGGCGAUGGCGCAGGUGAAGGAGAUGAUCUACCGCGCGGCGGCCAUGAGGCCAGUGAACCUAGUCACGGAGCCCCCCGCGCAGGGCAGCAGCAAGCCACGGCGCAAGAACGUGCGCAUCUCGAGCGACCCGCAGACGGUGGCGGCCCGUCUCCGGCGGGAGCGCGUGAGCGACCGCCUCCGCGUGCUGCAGAAGCUCGUCCCGGGCGGGAGCAAGAUGGACACGGCGUCCAUGCUGGACGAGGCCGCCAGCUACCUCAAGUUCCUCAAGUCCCAGGUGCAGGCGCUGGAAACCCUAGGAAUCACCAGCAGCAGCACCGGCGCCAGCGCCGCCGCGGCCGCCAGCACGGGCAGGUUACAGUUACACUCACAGCAGCAUUAUUACAGCAACAACCCUGGGUUUCUCGGAUUUGCGAGAAAUAACAACAACAUUUCUUCCGUCUUCAGAAAUCCCAAUGGAAAUUCUGCCAGAAUGUUGUAGUACUGUUCAGUGUCGUCUAUACAUGUUGCUGUUUCGUACUGUUUCAGGUCGUCGUGUCAAGACUACGUACGUGGUUAAGUAGUGCAGUACUGUAUACAUAUAUAUACUAAUUAAGGUUUAGUGUCGUCGUGUACUUUUGUCCAGGAUUAAUUAAUUUGGAUCGAUCCGCUGCAUCGUGGAAGCAAUUCAGCUGCAGCGUGAGAUCGAGACCGUGCCGGUGGCAGGACAUCAUUAUGUAAAAGGAAGAAAAAUAUGAAACUAUUGAGAUAUUCAUUUGUA